GUUUGCUCACUCGUCUGGCUCGCCGUGAACCAUGAGGGCUAAGGGCUAUUUCUGCCCUGGCCGCCAGGUCCACAGCACCCAGCACAGGGCCAGGCAGAUUCUGGCCUCUUUGGAAGAAUAGAUUAGUCUUUCCUCAGUCCCCGCUGAACACUUUCUCCGCUUCAGCUGCUGCAGAUGCUGUUUGAGGAAGCUCUUCCGCUCAGGGGCUCUGAUGCUGUGCUUAGUACUCUCAGCCUGGUGCAGGGUGGUGGAAAAUGCCAGGGAAGUGGAGGUGUCUGACUCAAGAGCUGCCUCAGAGCUGUACCUGCAGGCUAAAGGUGGUGAGGGCAGGACCUGCUCUCUGCUCACUGUCACUAUGUCUUGCCCAGCUCCUGACCCUCCUGAGGGGCCUGGGACUCAGGGCAUGUGGCGAGGUGCCUUGCGGAUCCUGCAGCUCCCGGGAUCCCUAGACUGUCCCCUGCUGCAGGUGCUCGCAGGUACCGCUGUUGGUGAGAAGAUGGAGGGCUCCCUGCCCUGGAUUGUCCUAUGGCUCCUGGAAGGAAACAACUACAGCAGUCUUCUUCUUCGCCUGGACCCUCAAGGUGGCAACCUGAGCUUGCUCCAGGCUGCUCUCUUGGGGGCGGCAGGAAGGAGGAUGCAGGUGAAACAGGUGAGGCCCACCCUGUGGGAUGCAGGAGAAGAGGCCCGGGCCCGCCGCGCUGCCCUCAAGAGCUUACGUUCGGGUCUCCUUGGGGACACCCUGACAGAAGGUGGGCUCAGCCAGCUGGGCAGAGCUCUGCGGGAGUUGCGGGUGGUAAAAGCCUGGAGCCGGUGCUCAGGAAGCCGGAUGCUCAACGUGGUUGAAGCUGAGGCUGCAGGGCUCCCAGAACCCCAGGUGACAGAUUCAACAGCAAGCGUCGGCCCAGGCCUCCAGCGGGGAGCUGGGUCUUUCCUCCUUUCGUGUGCUCAACUGCGUUUCCCUCCAGUGGCGGGAGGAACAGCAUCUGUAGGACCUGGGCUCCAGCAAAUGCAUCCUCUCGGGGCCUCUGAGGAACAGGCCCAGCAGGCCCCAGACGUGCCCCUGCAGUUCUUCCUGGCUCAGGCCCGGAGGCAGAGACUGAGAGAACAGCACCGAAUUUGGGUCCAAGAGGAACUGAAGCAUUUGGAACAAGAGGAAGAGGUGGUGGCUGGUGGUCGAGUCAAAGGCCUGGCGGCAGGAGGAGAGGCCUCCAAGGAGCAGCAGAGAUGGCACCGGGAGCAGUCAGUGCUGAGACUCCAGCUGGAGGCCCUCCAGGCAGAACGGGACACUGCGGAGCAGGACCUGGUGGCUCUCUAUGACCUGCACGUACAGGCUGCCCGAGCUCGGACGUGCCACGUGCUGCAGGUAUUCCGUGCCUGGCGGGGGCUGUGGGAGGAGCAGGUCACGGCUGCAGAGUAUCACUACCGCAGCCUGCUGGCUGGCGUCCUGCAAGACACCAUCGACCUGGCCACACAGAACCGGGAGCUCCAAGCCCAGAACCAGCAGCUUCAACAGAGCAGGCUGCGAGCAGUCAAGCCGGAGGAGAAAUCUGCUGAUCAGGAGUCCUUUGGGGGCAGUGUCCUCCCUCCUCAGUCUUAAAAGUUCUGGAAGGGACAGGAAGUUGGGACACAACAGCCAAGCAACCUUCCUUAUGGACAAUCAAUACCACCGCUCAUCAGGUCUCAUUCCGCUGAGUCCCUAAUAGCCCUUAUUUGAUUCAGCCUUCUCCACCACCCCACACAGUAGGAGGUACCAUUUGGCCCCCUUUUCAGAGAUAAGCCAACCAAAGCUAGAAGAGGUUAAGGAACUAUUUAAGGACAGUAAGCCAGUAAGUGACAGAGCCAGAAUCCACACUCAAGCCUGGUGGGCUAGAUACGGUACCACGCUGUGGACAAUACUGGCUCACAAGUUGAAAUGUGCAUUGGUCUCACCUAAGGAGCUUGCUGGAGUGGAAAAAAAGAAAAAAAAGAAAAAAAAAAAAAAAAAAAAGACUCCCAAACCCCACCCCCUAACAUUCUGCUUCAACAGGUUCAACAGGUCUGGGA